UUAAUUGCCGCGGUAACACGGUCUGUUUGGUCAAUAAUAUAUCAAACGUCAGUCGUUUGAAAUGGAGCAAUUUGACGAAGAAUUUUCCAAUUUUUUGUAUAAAGUGAAUCAGGUUAACAGCAUUGUGGAAAAACUGGCCUCAAGUGACGAGACUUUGCAAAAAAUCGGCGAUUUGGAAGCUAGACAAUACCUAGGUGAGGAGGACGACACCAAAUACGUGAAAAUCGACGAAAAUGAGCUCAAAAUUCGAACUAACCGGACGCUAAUUAACCGGAAAGCGCUCUUGCGUGAGGAAAAUCCGGCAACAAUGUCGCAAGAGGCUUUUAUGGACGAGGUGUCGAAAGACGCCGAUCGCAGAUACAAACAAAAAUUGAUAAGACGUGAGAAAAUGGAAACUUUUAAAAAACAAGCCACGCUAGCGUUCAGACGAGGCGAGUACGCGAAAGCUCUAAGUUUAUACACCAAAGCGAUUGAGCAAAUCAGAGACAGCUGUGUACUUUACACAAACCGGGCUUUAACUUACAUCAAUUUAAAACAUUACGAUAAAGCCAUCGGUGAUUGUGAAACGGCUUUAAGACUCAAUGAAAAUUCGCUCAAAGCGCGCUUGCUUAUGGCCAAAGCCUACUUUCUGCAAGGCGAUUUGGCGAAUUUUGAGGCGGCUGUGAAAGAGACAAAAGAACGAAAUGGCGACCAAAUGAGUGUCAUUGAAGAUUACGUGAAGCAAUUGCGUGACGCAUAAGUGCCAGUUUUUGUCAGCACUCUGUAUACUACAAGUGUCUAGUAAUAAAAAUAUCUAAAUAUAAAA